UGGCGCGCGGUUGAAGCUCGGCGGUCGCCAUGGAGCUAUUGGGAGAGUAUGUCGGGCGGGACGGGCAGCGGCAGCGGCUGCAGGUAUCUUGUGAGGCCCUGGGCGAUGCCGACCCUUUCCAGGGCCUGUUGUUGGGGUUAGCUGAGAUGCGGGAGAGGGUGGCCGAGCUCCUCGGCGCCCUGGUACAACGGGAAGCCCAGGACCCAGUGGCGGUGGCUGGAGAAGAGGCCAUGAAUGGUGAUGAUGAAGAUGGUGCAGAAGAUGAAAAUAACAUUGAUAACAGAACUAACUCAGAUGGACCAUCUGCAAAACGGCCAAAACCACCAUCGUAACAAUAGCUUUUAUGAAAUUUAAACUAAAAGACUGCUACUGUCCUAAUUAUCACACACUGACAUUUCAGGAAGACUUGUGCUCUAAUUUGGAAAAGCAUCUCUUUUGUUCCCCUGGGACAAUUUUGGAAAAGAAAAAGCUUUCUUCUGUUUACAGCAAAAAAAAGAAAUAAUAAAUGCUUAGAAAUCUUUUCUUGAGUGAGAAAGAAAAUUCAGACCAUGGAAAUAAAAUAGAACCAUUUAAUUAAAUUGUGUGAUGUCUGUAUCUUUUAACUUCUGCUUCUGUUAUAAAAAGUACAUUUCAAGAACUGACAUAAGCAAGUGGCAAAAGUUGGGUAUUAAAUAUGAGUGGUGGCUCUUUACAAGGAAAAGGAAAAUUAGGGAAUAGAAAUACUGAAGAGAAAAGAGAGCCCUUGAGAGAGACCCAAACCAAACCUGUUGCCGUUGAGUUGAUUCCAACUUACAGUGACCCGAUAGGACAGAGUAGAACUACCCAUUAGGGUUUCCAAGGAGCGACUGGUGGAUUCAAACUGCCAACCUUUUGGUUAGCAGCCAAGCUCUUAAGCACUGUGCCACCAGGGCUGCUGAGAGAGACCCAAGGAAACCUUAAAUCCACACUCACACCCAAUAUACAGACAUCCAGAGAUGAUACCACUCAAUAAAUAUGUAUUAGUCUUCUGAGUUAACGUGUGCCUUAAGAGCCAGGUGGAAGGCCUUAAGUUAAUCUGUUGACUAUAGCUGUUUCAUUUCCUCUUGUAGCCAUACUUGCUUAACAGGACUGUUGAUUCCUUUUAAAAAUAUAUAUUCCUAAAAUAGUGUAUGUGUUCCUUUUCUACUUGUUAGUAGGGUUAAGGCAUUUAAAUUAUGAUUUAUUUCAGAAAUAAACUGAAUCUCAGAAUAGGUAUUUGCCCUGAGUUACACAGCUAACCCAUGGCAGAGCUGAGUUAGAUUCAUAGCCUUUUGCCAUUUUUUUAAGCUGAUAAAAAGAGAAAUUGUUAGUCGUAUAUGGUCAGAAAUUAUCUUGUUCAUUUAACGAUAAUAUCUAAUAUUGGGACUUCAACUCAGUUACUAAUAAUUUUUUUAUCUUAAAAAAUCUUAACCUUAUAGAAUUAAAACAGCAUAUUUUUAAAUUACUAGCAGAAAUUUGCUCCCUGAACAUUUUAUGUUUCCUUCUUUGUUUUGUAAAUGUAUUUAUAAAGGAGAAAUUUCAAGAUAAUAUUUGUGCUAGUGGCCCAGUGUUUUGAGAUUCUGGAUUAUAGGUUUGAUUGGUCUUAAUACUGAUUCUGAUUCCAAUGCUGUCUUCAUAAGUGGGCUACAUGUGUGACAAAAAGGAUCAGUUUGAAGAACGAGUAUAGAAGAAAUGCCUUUUGCCUAGUUUUCUAAUCCGCUGCCUUCUAAUGGUACAAACAUUAGCCAUAGGCAAGCAGAACAAAGUUAAUCUCUGAAACAGCUUCAACUUUACUUUUCUACAGGAAAGUCAACCCUAUAAUCCUACCUAAAAAUAAGCUAUUUGAGUUUGAUACUAAGAGAAGUCUUUUAAAAUGUGAAACAUACAGAUUGUAUGCAAGAUGUCUAAAAGUAAGAGUGCUUUUGUGUCACAUUAAGAAUAACAGGAGUCUGUAGCCAAGGACAAGAAGAAUAUUUACUCUUUCUAUAAUAGAUCACUGUUGCUUGACUGUAAUACUACAAAUUUUAAGAAUCACCUGAGAAGAAAAAUUGCUUUAGAAAAAAGACGUGGGAGGAAAUCAAUAUAUAUUCCCCCUGAGUUUAGAAAUGGGUGUUCACACAGAGGAUUUACGCUUUACCUAGUUGUCUUUCAAAUCCUGGACCAAGUGUCCUCGUUUGUCUAGCUCUUCUCAUCCUGUUUAGGUUUCAAUGUAAACAUUCCCCCCAGGAGGCCUUUCUUGAGUUCAUAGACAUGGUUAGGUCCAUGUGCCCUCUACUUCCCCUCUCAAAAUACAAAAUGUACCUUAUUAGAAGUAUUUUUCAGCUAAUCAGAAUUUUUUAAAACUACUGAGAAGGCCUGUACUUGAAAGAAAAUGAAUUUAAUGUUUUCUCCCAAAUGAGAAAAACAGUUGGAGAUGUCUGUGGCCCUCAGUUUAUUAUUAAUACUGUCUGUCUAGCCUCUACUUAGUCUAUUAAAGAUAUAUGUAUUUCUCAGUGGAAUGCUCAAUCUGUACAAUUAUAGAAUAUCAUUUCUUGUAUAAUUUAUUGCAGUAAGAUGCAUACUUUAGUCAUCCUGCAAACCUAGUGUUCAACUCAACCACUAUAUUGUGAUAAAAUGUUUACAAGCAAUUCCUGUUUUAACUUAUUGCGGUUGGUAUCACAAAGCUCAAAACUGUAUUACCAUAAAUGCAGCUGGUGAUAGUUACAGACUGACCAUGCUUUGGGAAGUAUAGUUGUGCUACAAUCAUUUUGUGAUCAUUAUUUCUUGGAUAUUUAAGUAUAGUAAGGGUAGAGGAUAAAAUUCUGGGAGAAACUGGGGAAUAUUUGUUAAGUAACACUUUCAGUUUUAUUUUAACGAAUGAUAAACAGAUUGGUUAGUUUUUGUGGAUUCUUUUCUCACUCCUUAGGACACAAUAAACUCCCAAGUAGAUCCAAGAUUUUGAGUGUAAAAAAUGAAACCAUAAAAGUACUAGAAGAAAAUGAGAUAGUUUUUAUAGUCUCAGAGUGAGAAAGGCUUUCCUAAGCAAAAAAAAAAAAAAUCCAGAAACCA